AUGACCACAAUGAUCUUCUCAUAUCUCAGUAUCCUGGCGGCAGCUGGCAGUGCGCUAGCUGUCACACCGCAGGGUUUCUCUCCAGGCGUCCAGGCUCCUCUGUUCGUGUUGUAUUCUGACAGCGUCGCCGCCCUCAACGGUGCCACCAUGUCCAAGAUGACGACGUCAAAGGAGCCUUUUGUCGGCACGGAACAGAAGUUGACGGGCAAGUCGUACGCCAUCAUGAUGGUCGACAUGGACAUUCCAACGUCGCAGCCGCCCAAGACCAGGAGUCUGCUGCACUGGAUGCAGACCGAUCUCGUGCCCGUAGACAAGCCCGUCACUGUCAACACGACGGUGGGGACGACGACGGUCUACCCGGUAUCGAAUCUCAAGCGUGUGGUCGCAGCAGCUCCCUACAUUGGACCGGACCCGCCAGCCCGCGUGCCGCUCAACCACCGGUACACCCAGGUCUUGGUCGACACCAGCAACGUCGGCCAGGAGCAGAUGCGGAUCCUGUCCAAGGCCGCGACGAAGCGGGAGGACUUCAAUGUGGCCGAGGUCCUCUCAGCCGCCAACAUCCCUACCGACAAGAUUGUGGCCGGGAACUUCUUCCAGGUUACGAACCCAGGACCAGCACAGACGGGCAACUACCCUAGCACCCCGAAGCCGGCGCCAGGAUCGUGUCCGUCCGCGCCAUCGCCAUCAAACGGAACCAGGCCUAUGCCACAGCCCGCACCACAACCUAAGCCUCAGCCAAUGCCCCAGCCCGCCGCCCCGGCGCCCAUGCCUGGCAUGAGGCCCAACUCCACCAGAACCAACACCACAAUGCCAAGGCCCGCCGCACCCGGUAACGGAACCAGCCCGGCGAUGCCAAGACCAGCACCCGGCAACAGCACCAACCCGGCGAUGCCAAGACCAGCACCCGGCAACAGCACCAACCCGGCAGCGCCUAAACCACUGCCAGCACCUAGUGGACCCGGCCAGAUGAUGCCCAAGCCUGCACCCGGAAAUGGCACCAACCCCGCGAUGCCCAAGCCCGGACCCGGCAGCCCGGGGACUCCCAAGUCACCAGGAACCAACGGCACCAGGCCCAUGCCGGGUCUGGGAAGCAACGGCACGAUGCCCAGGCCUGGCAUGAGCCCACAACCUGGCCUCCCGCCGGUGAACGCCAAGGCGAGCUCACUGAGUUCGGCUGUUUCGGUUCUGCUGGCUUCGGUAGCUUUCUGCAUCUUGUUGUAA